AUGGCUGAUAAUGGAAGAGCGUCAAGAACACGCCUGGAUACUUCUGAGACUUCGAGGAGUGUGGUCAACGAGACAACAACGUCUCCCGUCUCCCUUCCCCCCGUAAUGUCCACCCUCCCCCACUCAAUCUGGCUCCAUGUCGCCCAAUACCUCUCCCCUCUCUUCCUGCGCGAUCUCCUCACCGUAAAUCGCACUUUCUUCGAACUCGCGAUGGACAUUCGAUAUCGCCAGCUGAUGUUCGCCUACCUCGACGAGAGGAUGGUCAAAAACCUCGUCCGCCUCAAGGACCCAGAGGUCGCCAAACGAGUCAGAAUCGUCCAUAUCGACCCCAGUUUCAUCCCGCUCGAAAGCAGUGCUCACCUGUGCUUCACACCCUCCAAACCCGACUGCGUCAUCAAACAUCGAUCAUUGCGGACUAUAUUGGGGGAUAUUGCGAACUUGUUGCUGGAGCAGAGGAACAGCCGGCAUCCCAAAUAUCGCAUCAUGCAGUCGUUGAAGCGGAGGGACGAUAUAGUCGAGCUCCUAUCAGAAGUCCUAGCGGGCCUUCCAAACGUCACCGACUACUAUGUGUCGUGGACUGGGUCAGCACCAGUUGGCAGCACGACGACACAUCGGAUACCAGCGUCGUUUCUCACCUCUCCAUUCCAACCCAACCUGCGGAAGCUGUCCCUCAACAUCUCCCUUCACAACGUGCCGUCUCUCCUAACGCCAACGUCCCGGAUCCCGCAACAGCUCGAAGAGCUCCACCUAUCACUUCAUUCAGAACACGUUGGGGACGAGAAGGAAAUCACCCACAUCCUCCAGCACCAUCUAGCACCCGCGGUCAGCCAGCUCGAAGCCAGCCUGAAAAGGCUCGUCAUCUCUGCAUGGGAGCCUACCGAUCUUUCGCCUCUCUUCGACAACCUCAGGCAUUUCCCGGCCCUCGACGACCUCAGCAUCAACAUCCCUGCUCAAGACUGUCAUUUGGGCGACCCAGCCGGCCUCAACGGAUUCCUCUCCAGGCAUCAGUCCACUUUACGCUGCCUCCGACUUCGACCCACGCAAUACGGCGGCAAGGAAUUAAACCAAGACUCCUCCAGCUCCCUGCAUGAGUGGAUCAAGGAUGCCACCGCAGGCGUCAACUUUACCAAACUUCACGUCCUUGACAUGACCUCCAGCUUAUUUCCGGUCGCCACUUCCCUCGUGUGCCUCCAACGUUUCGCCCGCACUUUGUCCUCCCUCUCGCUAACUGGCGCAUACCGGUCAUAUGACGAUGUGGCUGAAGCGAUCCAGUUGUCCACUCACGAUUCAUGUGCCUCCGGAAGGCCUGGCCUAUUGCAACUCCGCAUUGGACUCGUUUCGCUAUGUCCCGAACUUAUCGACUUGAUUGCGGAGAAACUGCCCAACCUUCAACGCCUCGAAUUGCUCGUCAAGGAUAUCUUUCCCUCGAUCGUGGGUUCACGCCCCUCCUCGCCUGGAGAUGUCCAAGUUCCGAGAAGAAGACAAAUCGAAGCGUUUUUCAGCGAGAUGGAGCUCCGACAUUACUCUUCUUGGAAGCUUGAAUGCUUGGCCGUCCUUGCGGAUAUGUUGCCGGAGAAAGCCUGCUACGAGACGUCACUCGAGGAGGUCUUCUUCCGGUGCAUACCGUCACUCCGAUCCUUCACCUCGCCCGGCUGA